AUGCCCCCCAAAGCAGCCCCCCGCCGCGGCGCAUCCGCCGCAGCGGCAAACAGACGAACGAAUGCCUCCGAACCUAGCUCGAACUCCGCAACACCUGCACCGGGCGAGAAUGCCAGCGCCGGGCCGUCAGCCAGCAGACCGCCCGUCCAGCGACUGCAAUCAUUGAAGAAACGCACCCCGUCCGGCAGCAUCGGGCCCGCCGCGAAACCGCCGGCCCCGGGCGGGCCUGGCGAGCCGGCUAAGCCUACGUUGAAGUACAAACCGCGUGCGGUGGGGCGUCGCAGUAAAGAGGAGCGAGAGGCGAUUGAGAAACUCGAGGCAGAGCGGAACCGAGAGAGAUUGGCGGAGGCGGCGGUCAUUCAGCGCGGACGGGGAAAUCAUGGCCCGGGUGGUCGGGGCGGGUUUGGACGAGGUCGUGGGGGACAAUUUGGGUCUGCGAGCGGGCCUUUGGGGUCUAUGCAAGGCAGGCGGGGUCGGGGUGGUGGUCCGGGUGGGUUUGGAUCGAGGUUCAACGAUUCCAGGGCGUCGUCUAUGUCGAGGCGGAGUCGGUCGGUCAUUGAUAUUGGGAGUGGGGCGGUUAGUCGGGAUGUGUCAUCCGAUGAAAGUGACAAUGAGAUCCGGGUCAGCAUUGAUCAUAUCAAUCUGGACAGUGAUGAUGAGGAGGCAGAGCAGGUGGUCGAUAAGAAGAAGGGAAAGCUUGCGAUGAAGAAUGCGGAGGCUUCCGGGGAGAAGGGUCUACGGCCCAUUCGUGUGGAGAGACAUGAGCAUGAGGAACGGGUGGUCAGCGUCAAUAUGGAGUCUAGCUCGAGUAAAUCUGCCGAGCUCCGCCAACAAGCGCAAGCAAAGGCUGCAGAUGAUGGAGCUCUAUUUGUGCCAGAUGAUGAUGGUUCGUCUGGUUCGGCUACAGAGACCGAGACUGGGCCCCGGGUGAAACAAGAGCCUACGGAUGAUGACCAUGCUAUGGCGGAUGUCGUUCCCCAUGCGGAUGAGGGACUGACCACCGAUGAUGGCUUCCUGCCGGAGCAAAAGGUGAAGGUCCGCCGGAAGAUCUCUCGAGAGCCACCCGCCGUCAAGGAUCCUAAGAGUUUACUACGCACUAAGGAAGAUAUAGAAGAGUAUGAGAGACAUGUGCAAGACCUUGCGAUGGUGAAGGAUCUGUUUACGAAGGAAGAGCCGAAGGAGCCACAGCCCGAACAAGUUGAUGUUGAGUCUUCGGCGGAGGACACAGAGACGGCGGUGGCGGACGACGCGGAGAAGGACAAAGAUAAGGAAAAAGAAUCGGAAGAGGAAGAAGAUGAGUCUGCUAAGGACAAACUAUCCGGCCAGUUAUUCCUGAUGCAAUUCCCACCCAUGACACCCAAUCUGGUGCCAGAGAAUAGUGGUGAUAAAUCCGCUGCGGCGUCUAUAGAAGCUCCGGGUCAGGGUGCCCCCGAUGGCACAGCUAGUAACAACGGUAUUGCGCCACAGCAAACGGGAGUCAAACGCGAAGACGGCAUGGAGAUUCUCGAUGAAGCGGAUGAAUUCCAGCCCACGGAGCCUUCUAAGGUGGUCACCGCUACGGAUUGGCAGCUCAAGGCCGGACGCGUAGGCAAGUUGAAUGUUCAUGCAUCCGGACGAAUGACGAUGGACUGGGGCGGUAUCAGCUUUGAACUGGAUCGCGCCACUGCCGUUGACUUCCUCCAAGAAGCACUGAUUGUAUCCGCGGCCGCCGAUCCAGCUGAAGGGGGAGUUCCGGAAGAGGAAAACAGAGUAUGGGCUAUGGGACAGCUCAGCGGCAAGUUUACUGUGACGCCUGAUUGGGAGAAGAUGCUAUGA